AUGCCAGCUGAUUCACCUUCAACCUGGUGGUGGACCCCGGCCGAUAGCGAUAGAUCUCCUGCUAUGUGGAAGUUGCUGCCGGAUUCGGAGAGCAGAUUGCUACAGCAUGCACACGACGAGUCGUGGGAUCGCCUUGAGCUUGACAUAGAAGGCACGCUUUAUGUAAUAUACCCGUUUUCUUCAAAUGCUCAAACUCAUAUCGCAGUGCCACUGGGGAACGAAGGUGGCCCAGAAGCUGUCAUAACUCGAGCCAAUGACGCUGAAGAUGAACCAAAGAUACCUUUGCAACUUGGUUUCCGAGGCCUCACGUUCUGUUACAGAAUGACGCUGAAGAUGAACCAAAGAUACCUUUGCAACUUGGUUUCCGACGGGACUACCCUGGUAUCCCAAGCGAGUCCUCAGGUCACGCCUCUGCAGCUCUGGAUUCAUCAAGGCGCACCAUACCCGCCGUAUGAUGCCAUUCCAGAGCUACUACCUACACUUAAUUUCGAAAUGCAUGAUGACUCUGAAUGCACAAUGUCAAAGCUAGUUCGAAGAGGCCAGGUGACACUGCCAGCCAGGAGACCUGCUAGGGUGAGCCAAAUGGCAAUGUGGCGCGCCUUUCCAAAGGUUGACUUUGAGGCGUGCGACGACUACCACGUAGUUCGUCGGGUGCUCGUCGACGGAGUGGACAUAGCAUUACACCAUGGUGGGAAGCGAAAACUAUCACCGGCUGGAAUUGCUAUUGCAGUGGCACACUUCGUGGAGCUUUCUUUUCCUGUUAGGGUGGUGGUCCCUCAGUGGCUCGCACUCAUGCACAAGGAGCAUUGUAACCUAUUCACUGAAUCACCUGAAGCCUUGUUGGAGGCUCUUAAGGACGAUGACUUGCUCGUAGUUCUACCUGACCCUGGCGGAACAAAUUGGCGUCCUAGCAGAACACAGCUCAAAGCUGCAAGCGAUGCUGAAUACACAGUUGAGCUCUGCAAAACUGUUGACGCCGCCUAUUGCUCCAAUGAUUUCAACCAGUUUUUGCAACUCCUGGAUGGCUCUACUUCACGUUAUGAUGACUAUUUAUAUAUGACGACUAGGUCAUGCCUCUACACGUUCGACGGCGACAACUUUUACCACGUUUUGGAUUCUCUGGGUAGAGGGAAGUUUGUUGACGGUCUCUUUUUCCGUCACAGGACAACUUAA